GAAAGAUGCUGAUUGAUAAAAAGUUAGAAAGCAGGGGUGUAUAAGUCAUUUCACAUAAAACGAGAGGGUAUUUUCGUAAAUAAAAACAAUGUCCAAAGCCGAAAACCAGUCAGCUGGUUUCGGCUCAAAAUUUAUCUUAAACAGGCUUCGGUCCCGCUCAUGUUGGCCCCACAGCUCUGUAACUGCAUUUAAUAUGAAAUCACUAUUAUACCCCUAUCUCACUCCUUUAUAAACGAACCUUCCCCUCUUCUUUCCAAACCCUCCCCAAUCAAACAAACAAAAUCUAAAAAGAAAAGAGACUUCCCUCUCUCUCGUUUUCACACUAACACUUUCUCGCAUUUUCUCGGGAAAAUCGUUGGUUGUUUGUUUAAAUACUCCUGAUAUCAGAGAUGGCAAAGGGAAAGUUGACGAAGAUCAAGUCUGUCCUGAAGAAAUUGAACUCGUUCAGCGGCAAUAAGCAGAGCCGUACGAGCAGCGUGAACUCAGUUGCUGACGAUUCCUGCACGAGUACCAUCUCCAGAGAUCUCCACCCAGUUUACGUCGGAAAAUCGCGGCGACGCUACCUCGUCGGCUCGGAGGUCAUCGACCAUCCGCUCUUCCGGGAACUCGUAGGGAGGUCAGCGGCGGCAGCUGAUGAUUCCGACGACGUCGAUACCGUCAACGUGGCCUGCGAAGUCGUCUUGUUCGAACACUUGCUUUGGAUGCUCGAGAACGCUGAUCCACAGCCUGAGUCAUUGGAUGAACUCGUUGAGUUUUACGCUUGCUGAGAAUAAUUAUUCUCAUUUUCAAAAUGAAGAAAAAAAAAACAAAGAAUGAUAUAAAAAAAUUAUAUAUAAAUUAAAUAUAUGUGUAUGCAUGAGUAAUUCUGUAUGAUUGGGUAGAAAAUAACAAUGAGGACUAAUUGAUGGUCUGGACGGCUCUGUAAAAGUUGUACAUUAUUUGUUCAGAGUUCAAUAAUGGUAAAAAUAUAGGAUAUUAUGAGAGAGAGUAGGGAGAAAAAAAACUUAUUGAGAGAUGACAUUUGAGGGAGAUCGAUCGAACGGUUAGGGUUAAAUUAAACCUUGAUUUUCAUAUAUGAUCACCGGUUGUCAGGUCAGCUGAUGAUAUGGAAAAUGUCUCUGUACUUUCAAUAUUCUCAUUUGUUUAUUAUUCUUAAGAUUAAUUAAAUACGUAAUGUUUUGUUACUUAA